GAUGCCCCUGCCUCAAGCCCGCAAUGAUCUCAGUGGUGGAAAUGUUGGACACGGGGAGGGUCGACUUUCAAAUGACAUUGACGCUAUGUAGAUGAGAGCGGGGAUUUGUGCUCCGUGGAACAUCUCUGGCCGCUGAAGUUAGACGGUGCUGCGAGGUGAAGCUGCUCCCUUUUCGCUGCGUUGUUUCCCGGCUCUGCUCUGCUCUGCUCUCUCCUUCAGCACCACCAAGCUAACGGACAGCACCACUCAUACCUGCUUCCUGCAAACUCACCUUUCCCCUCCGGAUCAUAGUUUGGUUUUGCUUCUCUAUCUUCAAAUGGAAAAUAUUUUAUUUGGUCUGCUCCGGGAGAAUCUGUAAGGACACUACUUUUAGAUGAACGCACGGAUACUAUACCAUCGCCCACAAUUCAGUCUGGCAUUGCAGUUUGAUUGUUCGCUUUCCCAACUGGCUCGGUGUUCCCGCUCCUUCUCCUGAUUUCCUGCCCAUCUAACCGUCCCUUGUCUGGGUAAAGAACCGCGAAGCUGCUGUCUACGUGGACCGGUGGGGUUAACAUCUUCCGUCCGCCUGCCAGCCUUGCCAGAAAAUCUAAACAGAGAGACAGAGACAUGGCGACGAAUGGUACCAGAGCCUCGGAUGGACACGUUCUAACGGAGGUGAAUGCGGAGCCUAACGACAAACCCAAAACCUUGGUCGUCAAAGUUCAGAAAAAGGAACUUCCCGAAAGAGAAAACUGGACUGGAAAAUUUGACUUUCUCCUGUCUUGCGUCGGGUACGCAAUUGGACUUGGAAAUGUCUGGAGAUUUCCUUAUCUAUGUGGGAAGAACGGAGGAGGGGCCUUCUUGAUUCCCUACUUUUUGACGCUCAUAUUUGCUGGUAUGCCCCUGUUUCUGCUCGAAACGUCCCUCGGUCAGUACACGUCGAUUGGAGGGCUUGGGGUGUGGAAACUGGCUCCCAUGUUCAAAGGUGUUGGUCUGGCUGCUGCAGUGCUUUCUUUCUGGCUAAACAUCUACUAUAUUGUUAUCAUUGCCUGGGCCAUUUACUAUCUGUGGUCCUCCUUUACUAGUGAGCUACCAUGGCAAUCAUGUGGAAAUUCUUGGAACACAGAACGCUGUUACACCAACUACAGCAUCUUGAACGCUGCCAACCUCACCAGCGCCGUUCAGGAAUUCUGGGAACGUAACAUGCACCAGUUGACAGACGGUCUGGAGAAGCCUGGGGAGAUCAGAGCGCCUCUGGCCAUCACGCUGGCCAUCGCCUGGGUCCUCGUCUAUUUCUGUAUCUGGAAAGGUGUCGCCUGGACCGGGAAGGUGGUGUACUUCUCAGCAACGUACCCCUACUUCAUGCUCUUCAUCCUCUUCUGCCGCGGCAUCACUCUCCCCGGAGCCAUCGAUGGAAUCCUCUUCUAUAUCACGCCCAACUUUGAAAAGCUCAAAGAAUCAGAGGUGUGGUUGGAUGCUGCCACUCAGAUCUUUUUUUCUUAUGGGCUGGGUCUGGGAUCACUGAUCGCUCUGGGAAGCUACAACCCCUUCAAUAAUAAUGUUUACAGAGAUUCUGUCAUUGUGUGCUGCAUCAACUCGUUCACCAGCAUGUUCGCUGGCUUGGUCAUCUUCUCCAUUGUGGGCUUCAUGGCCAACGUGACUAAGAGACCUAUAAUAGAAGUAGCAGCCUCAGGUCCAGGCUUGGCGUUCUUGGCCUACCCAGAGGCAGUAACCCAGCUGCCGAUCUCUCCUCUUUGGGCGAUACUGUUCUUCUCUAUGCUGCUGAUGCUGGGAAUCGACAGUCAGUUCUGCACGGUGGAGGGGUUCAUCACUGCGUUGGUGGAUGAGUUCCCCAGGGCUCUGAGAGGAAGAAGAGAACUCUUCAUCGCUGCCGUCUGCCUGGUGUCUUAUAUCAUCGGCCUGUCCAACAUCACACAGGGUGGGCUUUAUGUGUUCAAGCUGUUUGACUACUACUCUGCCAGCGGAAUGUGCCUGCUCUUCCUGGUUUUCUUCGAGUGCGUCUCCAUAUCCUGGUUCUACGGUGCCGAUAAGUUCCUUGCCAACAUUGAGGAGAUGAUUGGCCACAAGCCCUGCCUGUGGUGGAAGCUCUGUUGGGUCGUGUUCACCCCUCUUAUUGUGGCUGGAGUUUUCCUGUUCAGUGCUGUCCAGAUGGUUCCUCUCACCAUGAACAACUAUGUGUUCCCCGCCUGGGGCCAGGGAGUGGGCUGGUGCAUGGCCCUGUCCUCCAUGCUCCUGAUACCUGGAUACAUGAUCUACAUGUUCCUCAACCUCAAGGGGGAUUACAAAGAGCGUCUGCGGAUAAUGAUCCAGCCCCCGGUGAUGGUGAAAGGAGAACGCCAGGAGAACGGCCCUGAGCAGACUGCAGCAGAAGCAGAGAACCUGGCCCCAGCCACUGAAGAGGCUUACAUUUAAACCACGUUACAUCUGAACCCCUGCCCGUCUCCGAGGCCAACUCUCUGCAGAAAACAACGUAAUCAAGGUGAAGCGCAACCAAGGGAUUCGUCCCAAAUGGCACUGUAUUCUCUAUGUAGUGCACUACGUUUGACCAGGGCCCGUAUGGGUAGUAUUCCAUAUGGGUAGUAUUCCAUAUGGGUAGUAUUUCAUAUGGGUAGUAUUCCAUAUGGGUAGUAUUCCAUAUGGGUAGUAUUUCAUAUGGGUAGUAUUCCAUAUGGGUAGUAUUCCAUAUGGGUAGUAUUUCAUAUGGGUAUUAUUCCAUAUGGGUAGUAUUCCAUAUGGGUAGUAUUUCAUAUGGGUAGUAUUCCAUAUGGGUAGUAUUCCAUGUGGGUAGUAUUUCAUAUGGGUAGUAUUCCAUAUGGGUAGUAUUCCAUGUGGGUAGUAUUUCAUAUGGGUAGUAUUCCAUAUGGGUAGUAUUCCAUGUGGGUAGUAUUCCAUAUGGGUAGUAUUGCAUGUGGGUAGUAUUUCAUAUGGGUAGUAUUCCAUAUGGGUAGUAUUCCAUAUGGGUAGUAUUUCAUAUGGGUAUUAUUCCAUAUGGGUAUUAUUCCAUAUGGGUAGUAUUCCAUAUGGGUAGUAUUUCAUAUGGGUAGUAUUCCAUAUGGGUAGUAUUCCAUAUGGGUAGUAUUUCAUAUGGGUAGUAUUUCAUAUGGGUAGUAUUCCAUAUGGGUAGUAUUUCAUAUGGGUAGUAUUCCAUAUGGGUAGUAUUUCAUAUGGGUAGUAUUCCAUAUGGGUACUAUUUCAUAUGGGUAGUAUUCCAUAUGGGUAGUAUUCCAUAUGGGCCCUGGUCAAAAGUAGUGCACUACAUAGGGAAUAGGGUGUCAUUUGAGAUGCAAAAAAAGGACUUUGAUGUCUGAUAUCUAAUCACCUACCUCCAGGGGAAACAUGUGACCAACCUGAUUACAAUGUACUUUUCUUUUCUUUUCGUUCGUUUGUAAAAAGAAAACAAGAUAGUUAGUAUUUCAGAAAGACAAACUACCCGGCUGUUAUUGUGAACGUUUCUAUUUCAUAUGCAAACAUUUUAGUAUUUCUAAAAUUGUUACCUAGAAAAUUACUGUAAUUUGAAUUAUAAUUUAAAUUUGGAGGCCCAAUGUGAUUCAACACUACCGUGCUAAUUUAAGAUAUUUACUUAAUUAAUCUAUUAAAAAUACAAUUAUUGUAAAAAGGUAAGAUAUAGAUUAUAAUCCAUGUGUUUGUAUUUGAAAGAAAUACAGAAAAAUUAAUGGAAUGUAUUACAGUAAGUAGUCAAAUAAAAGCAAUAAGGAAGUUGCAUAGUGGAAUUGAAUAUUGACCAAUUAUAAGCAAUGACCAUUAUGGGAAAGUGCAACCUGCAAGGCCAAAAUACCACAUCUAUGUAUAUAAUAUUAUCACUCCUUUCCGAGACCCUGCCGUUUUUACCACUAUUUUACCCUUACUUAUUAUCCGGGGCAACCUUUGAAAAGCACAAGGCCAGUAUGGACCUCAAAUCAUCCCGUUCAGCGUAACUAUUACAAAACGCAGAUUAACAUUACGUACGAGAGACUGUUAAAUUGUAUCUUUGUUUUCUAAAGAACAAUAACUUUGUAUGCGUCUGAAACGUUUUUUUUUUUUUAGAAUCAUUUGUAGGACGUUUUCUACGUAAGGGUGAGAUGGACAAAAAAAUCAUACGCAUGUGAAAAUGCCAAGAUUACCAACCUAUUGACAUGAGAGGCAUCCCGAACAUCCCACCACUGCAGAUAAGCAUUAUUAUCACAUAGGCAGCAUUUGAGCAGUGACUGCCUGCCAAUCCCUUCUAACAACCCAGUCCAGUCCAGACCUCAGGAUCAGUCGUGAAAAAGUGACCAAAUGAUCUGAUGAAACUACCGAGACGAGAGCCACUCGUCAGUUGUUAGUCAGCCAUUCUAGUCCAAGCCUAGUCUGACUCUGCAGGUUUCCAAUGUCAGGUUCUGAGAGAGAAACCUUAGAGAUGGACCACAGUUUAACCUGGUCUGAAACCAUAGGCCAAUAUUACUACUGAAAUUAUACCUUUUUUUGUUAGUAAAAAAAAAGGAAACAUGAAUUAUAAAGUUGUUUUUCAAUAUAUAUAUAUAUAUAUAUAUAUAUAUAUAGUCCGAUUAUAUAUUAAUUCCACAAAUGAUCAAGGUUGUAUUUCUAUAAGGAUAAAGCUAGUUUGCUUCUAUGGCAGCUGCAAGUGACCGGGAUCUGGUUUAAAUGAGUCAUUUUAUUCUCUGCAAAGAUUAUACAACUAAAAAUGUGCAAUGGAUUUUGUAUAAAGUUACCAUACAUGCAGUUUUCUGUCUUAAAUGAUGUUGUAAAACUCUACUGUGUAAUACAUGUAACUGUGAACGUCCGUAUGACCAGGUUUUAGUCUAAAUGUUGAAAAAUCUGAUAUUAUUUGCUGUUUUCUGCAAUAAUAUGAUUAUCUCAGAAACUAAAGCACAUAUCUUUCUGAAAUGUAAAAAUAAUAAAUGACAAUAACAAAUAAUAGUAUAAUAAUGACGUCAUAGAUACACUGUCUAGUCAAAGAAUCUUGUUUUGUAUAUUUCUAACUGUUUCAUGGGCCUAAUGUAAAAUAUUGUAUGUAAAAUAUAUAAUAAAUGUCUUUAGAUGGUGUUAUAUGAAAAAGCAUGAUUGUCAUAUAUGUUAUCUGCAGAAGUAAAUAAAGAACUAUAGA